GUCGAAAAUGACAGCCCCGAAGACGCCGGUUUUCCCAACAACACACCGGACUUAAGGCAUACGGAGUGUUCAAAUAUGCCGCAGGCUGCAUCUAUUAGCAACUCUCGCAUUGAAAGUCGUAGCAGCAGACGCAGAGUUAGGUCUGGCUGUGGUACCUGCCGGAUCCGAAAGGUCAAAUGUGACGAAGGUCGCCCCGCUUGUCACCGAUGCAUCUCUACCGGCCGCGCCUGUGACGGCUACGGUAUUUGGGGCGGUGGGAGUAGUUCCUAUGCUAAGCUGCAGCAAAGCCUUGCCACAUCCCAGGACGUCGAGACCGUUGUCGCGCGGCCUCCCGCACCUCUCUCAGUCCUUGUUGCAACUACAGAGGAGAAGGACUACUUCACCUGGUUCAAGAGUCAGGCUAUGCACAAAUUCUCAGGCGCCUUCGCCUCUAAAUUCUGGAAUACGCUGAUCCUCCAGAUGAGCUUCCGUGAACCAGCCGUCCUACAUGCUGUCCUUGCCCUGAGCUCUGUCCAUAAGAGAGGGGUUGUCAUCAACACUGGCGAACAACGAGACAUCAAAGACACCCUCUACGGCCAAGAACAAUUUGCGCUACAGAACUACGUCAAGGCAAUCAGACAUCUGCAGCCACAUUUCUCCGUCAAGGACAGGACUUCUUUCCGUGUCGCUCUAGCCACCUGCCUCGUGUUUAUUGCUGUGGAACUCCUUCGUGGACACUUUCAGGCGGCCAUUUCUCAUCUUCAGAACGGUCUUAAGGUCCUCCAAGAUGCGCAAUUGUCCGUCAAUAUCGAUGAUAGGAACCUUGGGUUGAAGUCAGGUCAUGAGAUGGCCGAUGACUGGAUUGUCGAAACGUUUUCCGUGCUCCAAUUUCAGGUCGAACUCUUCUCAUUGUCUUAUCAUGGUCCCUUCUUAAUUCCCACAGUGGCAGGACACAAGCCUGGGGGCACCAUGCCACAAUCUCUCGACGAAGCCUGGCAGGAAAUACAACGGUUACUAAACAAGAUACUUCACCUGGCCCAAACAGGCUGCCACAACGUGCCUGGGAGUGGAUCUCAUCUGCCUCCUCACACACCACUUGAACUUCGGCAGCACAUUCGAGCCGACCUCAAGCGUUGGCUUUACAUGUAUGAGAAUCUCGGGAAGUCUCUGCACGGCCACAUGUCGUACGACGAGAACAAACGUUUUACAAUCUUAUCGGGAUACCAUACCAUGGCAAAAAUUAUGCUGGAGGUGUGUCUGUGUCCAGACAAUGAAUCGGUAUUCGACUCCCACACAAGCCAGUUCGUCUUCCUGGUCAGUAAGUUGUCAGAACUAUGUGCUGAACCUGGGACGUACCUACCCACGCGUCUCUGUCGGAAACUCCGGCCAGGGAAUUUCGUCGACAUGGCCCAUUCCUAUGUCGACGUGGGUUGGCUCCCGCCACUGUAUUACACGGCUAUGAAAUGUCGCAUUCACCGUGUUCGACUGCAGGCCAUCAGGUUGAUGGAAAUUUCCUCCCAUAGGGAAGGUAUCUGGGACGCAGAGACCACAGCGUGCAUUGCGCGAAAGGUAAUGGAGAUCGAAGAGCGGGACUUCUAUCGGGGCGUUGAUAUUGAUAACGAAUUUCCUCUUUCCAGCUACCCUACUCCACGAGAUUUGUCACUACCACUCAUCCCAGACUCGUACAGGAUACGUGGACUUGAGGUUGUUUUGCAUGGCGAUCCGAUGGAGAGUAUCUUUUUAUUCCGCAAGCCAAAUCAGGAAGGGAGGACAGGGAAGAUUUUAAUAUCGGAGUACAAUAUAUCCUCGCAAUGUUGGGUAGAUAGGUGAGAUGGCGGUUUUAAUUUGGGAUUCUUCUCAGCAAUCUCAUUACGCACUUGAAGAAAGUGCGAACUUGUUAAUAGGAUCAAGAGACAAGAUGUAUUCGCAGUAUCCCGAACUUACCUGUCCGAUUCAUUUGGAAAAGGAUGGAAAAUCCUCUCACCUCUAGAUC